UUGUGCACGUUUCAACAUGACUGUACGUGAUUGUCAUCCUACCUGCUUCUGUUCCGCCGUCACGUCGGCUGCCGAGCGACAGAUGAGUUUGGAGGAUCGUCUGCGGACAUUCGACACCUGGCCGUUGUCGUACAUUUCACCACAGUCUCUUGCGGAAGCCGGAUUCAUAUACACUCAUGAAGGAGACGAAGUGAAGUGUGUGCUAUGCGGUAUGGUCCAUUUUAAUUGGAUGAUCGGGGACCAGCCCAAGUUCGAGCACCGGCGAAUCAGUCCUGAAUGCGCAUACGCGGCUAUGGUGGCGGAUGAUGAGGUGUACGUUCCCGCCAUGAAAGAGUAUCGCGACCGUUUCGCUACGUAUGCAAAGUGGCCGAGGCAAGUCAUCAGCCAACGCCCCAUGGAUAUGGCCAAUGCCGGGUUCUUUUUCAUGGAGGAAAUGUGGGACCAGGUCCAGUGCUUUUGCUGUGGCCGCAAACUGGCACAGUGGACACGUGAUGAUGACCCGUGGAUCGAACACGCCAAGUACGAACCUCGUUGCACAUAUUUACUCGAGAAGAAAGGCUUGCGUUUUGUUCAAGAAGUUCGACGGUUUCACGAUAUGGACAAACUGAAGUGGGCUGGCAGUUUGCGAAAGAACCGAAUGGAUUUUCUGGUGGCGUUUGAUAUGGAACAGGGAGUGCACUACACGUAUCUGAUAAAGGCCGUUCAACGAUACCGUCGCUUUUUUCGCAUCAAGGACCUCGUGAAAGCGGCGAACACCAUCAGAGCCCGAAUCAACGAAGUACGAAUGGAUGAAAACUGUCAGCUGGAAAAAGAAUGCAGUGUGUCUUAA